GUCUAAUCAAAUGUAACGUAAACUUUUGCUGAUUACUUAUCUUGAGUUUCGCUUAUAACGUUUGGUAUAUCUAUGAAAAGAUCACAAUCUUUCUUAUCCUCUCCCAAGUGCUUUAAAUGUCAGGAUUUAAUAACUUUGUAAAUUAAACAAGGAUUACGAAAUAAGGGACCUUAAUGAAGCACUUACAUAUCAAAGCCUCAUCAACAUAGACACUGUCGUAAUUGAACAAGACCACAUAACUUAGAGAUUCAUUAACACACUCUUUCUUAUAUAUUACAAUUCUUUUACAUUUUCUAAUGGACAUAAAAGGCAUUCCGCUUACGACAUUUGCGAGUUCAUUCGAUAGCCCGAAAGAGGACCUUAAUAAGCCGUUAGUCAGUUAUCCACCUUCAAACAAGAAGUCUAGUGAUGGCCGGGAAAGCUUAGAAGAGGUGCCUAUCCGAGCUACUGACACCAACGUGGUGUUAUCCUUAGACCCAGACAACCCAGUAGACGAAACUUCUCCUAAAGAAUUUCAUGAAGAAAAGAUUAGUAGUUGGAUUUGGAUACUCUCAACGGUUGCUGGCAUUUCUGGUUUGCUAUUUGGAUAUGACACCGGUGUAAUUUCUGGUGCUUUAGCAGUUAUAGGAUCGGAUCUGGGAAGUGAAUUAAGUUCGAAACAACGAGAACUCAUUACGUCUGCAACUCCAUUCGCGGCUUUAUUGUCGGGUAUUACUUCUGGUUGGCUUGCAGAUUUACUAGGUAGGAAGCGUUUACUUAUGUAUGCUGACGGUAUAUUCGUAUUGGGGUCUAUUGUAAUGGCAGUAGCAAGGAAUAUAGCUACUCUAGUAGCUGGUCGUUUUAUUGUCGGUUGGGGCAUUGGAUUAGCUUCCUUAAUUGUUCCUAUGUAUAUUACAGAAUUGGCUCCCGCUCACAUGCGUGGCCGACUUGUAAUUAUUUAUGUUGUUUUUAUUACAGGAGGGCAAUUGGUUGCCUAUUCAUUGAAUGCUGCAUUUGAAAAUGUAAGGCAAGGUUGGCGUAUUAUGAUGGGAUUGGGAGCUUUACCAGCUCUUUGCCAACUCAUUCCGCUCUUUUGGACACCGGAGUCUCCUCGGUAUCUUCUAAAACAAAACCAUGUUGAAAAGGUAUAUAAAAUUAUGUCGCGAAUCCAUCCGAAUGCUAGGCCAGGUGAGAUUGCUUACAAGGUCUCUUUGAUCCAAGAAGGCAUGAAUUUUAGUUCCUUAGAAGGUAAUCAAUUUCAGAGAGUAAAACACUCGUUUAAUCGUCUUUGGUCAGUUCCUUCCAACCGACGAUCACUGUUCAUUGCAUGCUUUCUUCAAGCUUUUCAACAGUUCUCUGGUACAAAUGCUAUUCAAUAUUUUUCUGCGAUACUUUUCGAAAGCGUUGGCUUCAAAAAUUCAAUCCAAAUCAGUAUUGUCGUUGGUGCAACCAACUUCCUAUUCACUAUCCUUGCGUUUAUGUUUAUUGAUCGAAUUGGUAGAAGGCGGAUAUUAUUGUAUAGCGCUACUACUAUGAUAAUUGCCCUUUCAGUUUGUGCGGUUUCAUAUCAUUUUCUCGAGCUCAAGAAAACUGAAUGGAAAUACGUUACACUAGUUUCCAUUAUUGCAUUUUUGGCUAGUUAUGCUUUUGGUAUUGGUAACAUACCUUGGCAGCAAGCUGAAUUAUUUCCUAUGGAAGUUCGUGCUUUGGGAACAGGUUUCUCUACGGCUGUAAAUUGGUCUGGAAAUUUGAUCGUCAGUGCUACGUUUUUGACGAUGAUGGAGUCUAUCACUUCAGUUGGCACUUUCGGAUUGUAUGCUGGAUUUUGUUUCGUCGGUCUUAUCACUUGUUUUUUUACAUAUCCGGAAUUAGCAGGAAUGUCUAUUGAACAUAUUUCCAUACUUUUGGAGAAAGGAUUCUGGAAUGCCGUAAAAGAACAAGAUAAUAAAAGUAAGAACGAGAUCAAAGAUACUUACUAGUUUUUUAUUGCAUGUUUAUUUGUUAUCAUUAGAAAGGCGUAUUUGGUACAGAUUGUAUUAAGUUGAGCGUUAUGAACUAAUUAUACAUAAUAUUAUAACAUAUAUUUCUUUUAUAAAGCAACAAAGCAAAUAGUAAAGGGU